AUUCCCCAAUCGAGAUAAUUAAUUGAUAUAAAUUUUUAUUGAAUAAAAGACUGGACCACGUAAACCAUAAAUUAUCUUCCACGUAGCGCGGACCUAGGAUAGCGCACGCACUCUCUUUGGCGAUGGUGGGGAUGGAUUUCUCCAAUGCCAAAAAAAUUCAGUUGCCCACGCACUUCAGUUUAUACCCGUAGGUUCAUCCAGACUGAAUCUAGUGGCUCUGAAAGUUCCUGCAAAGACGUCACAUCGUGUGUUUGCAAUAACGAUUGUGUUUCCUCAUGAAUACCAGCUGAUACCGCCUAUCAGCUGUAUCACACAAGACAAAGAAAAUAAAAAAACGAGGGACCUUGAAUUCUAAUAUUACUCGUAAAGUCACACUUGCCACGUUCACGACAAUCGAGAGAUUAUCAAUGUGGGAUUGAGUCAAUAUAAGUAAUUGCCUCCAUCCAAAUGACCCAAACAGUGAUCAAGAUGUCGAGCAUAAUAUUUAUGCUUUUGUGUGGACUAACUCUGACAUCGAGCAAUUAUUUUCGAAGCAACAGCGAGGUGAAUGACCAGUGCUUCUGCAAGCUGAAGGGAUCGAUCGAUGAUUGCACAUGCAACGUCGAUACUGUUGAUUACUUCAACAACGUGAGGAUCCAUCCUCGGCUUCAGAGUCUCCUGGUGAGAGACUACUUCAGAUUCUACAAGGUGAAUCUCAUGAAUCCCUGUCCAUUUUGGGCGGAUGACAGUAAAUGUGCCUUCAGACACUGUCAUGUACUGCCCUGCCACGACAAGGAUAUCCCCAUAGGGCUUAAGGGGGAAAUCCCCAGGCAUCUCCACAAGACAGAAGCACCUUUUGACAAGUAUCUAGCUGAGAAUCAGCUGAUAAAUUGCGAGCAAACAGCCAAGGAUCAUAAUCGAGAGUUGGGCUACCUCAAUACAACCAUCAGCUCCGAGAAUUACAAGGAAUUCGAGAGGUGGCAGCAGCACGACGACGCCCAGGACAACUUCUGUGUCAGGGAGACGACUCCUGGAGAGUACGUUGAUCUAUUGCUCAAUCCUGAGAAAUUCACAGGCUACAAGGGACCCAGUGCACACAGAAUAUGGAGGUCAAUCUACAUGGAGAACUGCUUCAGGCCUGAUAUGGGUCCCCAGAAUUUUAUCCACUCCUCACAGAUGAACGGAAUGUGUCUGGAGAAACGAGCCUUUUACAGAGUAGUUUCAGGACUCCAUGCCAGCAUAAAUAUCCACUUGUGUUCAAAGUAUUUGCUGUCCCAUCAGGAUCAGACCCUCAGUCUAGUCUCUGGGCCCACAGAGUGGGGUCCCAAUCUCGAGGAAUUCCAGAAACGAUUCUCUCCAGAGUGGACUGGGGACGAGGGCCCCAAUUGGCUUAAGAAUCUUUAUUUCAUAUAUCUUCUGGAGCUGAGAGCUCUUGACAAGGCUUCACCUUAUCUGGAGAAAGAAGAGUAUUACACUGGCGAUGAUGCCGCUGACGAAGAGACCAGGAGUGCUGUGAAGGAUAUGUUGCAGAUCGUAAGAUCUUUUCCAGAUCAUUAUAACGAGAGUUGCAUGUUCAAUGGUGGUUCAGAGGCAGCGACAUUAAAAGAGGAAUUCAGACAGCACUUCAGGAAUAUCUCAAGAAUAAUGGACUGUGUGGGGUGUGAUAAAUGCAAGUUAUGGGGAAAAUUGCAGAUUCACGGAUUGGGAACUGCCCUGAAGAUCUUGUUCUCGGGUAAAUUCGAUCAGUGGGAGACCAGUAUGAAUAAUAUCAGCAGAAAGCAAUUUUAUUUGGAGAGAAGUGAAAUUGUCGCUCUAAUUAAUGCCUUUGGGAGACUAUCUGAGAGCAUAUUCGAGCUAGAGAGAUAUCGACAGAUGAUGAGAUAGCCCAAUUCAGAAUACUAGAGCGUAGUAAACUAUUCCAGACACCAGUGUAUCCACAUCACAUUGUUAUUUAGGAAGUAAUUUAGGUAAUAGUCGUGCAAGGAGUGAUUAGCACUGUUGGUUGGGGCAUUUAGUAUCACGUGGAUUAAUAAAGAUCCCCUGAUUUUUAUUUUCUCGAGGAAAAUUAAUGGAUUCCAUCGAAUUCUCCUGUUCGAUACUGUACCCUCUAAUCUUUCUCUAUUUUUUGAUAAUCGAACGUUUACACUCGAACGACCAUUAUUAUCACUUGUAAGAGAAAAGGAAGAUUUAUUUUUCGAUAUUAAUUUUUUCUGAGAGCAAUAUAGGAUAAAUUCCAUUCAGGGUCCUUUUCAGUCUGAAUGCAAUACCGUUUCUGUAGGUACUAUCUAAUGUGAAUUAACUGCAGAGCCCGACUGUAUCUGUGAUAAAAUCUCCAUCAUUAGUUCUUCAUUAUUUAACGACAGAACGUCGUGUGCUGGUUUUUUUUUUUUUUUUUUUUUUUCUUUAAUUUUCAUUCCUUUUGCACAACAAUCUUCCAGAGUAAAAUUAUUUUUAUUUUCUAGUAUUUAUUGGAAUAACUGUUGAUUAAUUGCCUUGAAUUAUUUAAGAUUCCUUGUACAUAUAUUUUCUCACCUUUAUUACUCAAUAAUUCAUGCACUGAAAGUAAAUAUUAGGGAUUUGUAUGAUGUAGAGUGUGAAAUAAAUAACAAAUUCCAAG